CAUGUGUUUUCAUCCUGAAGGUUAGAAAAGGUGGGUACUCUAGACGCGCAGAGAGUGGUUCAUCAACGAUCUCAUGUACGUGGUUACAUGGUGGAGUUUUCCAUGUGCUUGCCAAUAUGCUGAGUCUUGUAUUCAUUGGAAUUUGGCUUGAGCAAGAAUUUGGAUUUUUUCGAAUUGGUUUCCUAUAUCUCAUGUCUGGUUUUGGUGGGAGUUUGCUUUCAGCUCUUUUUAUUCAAUAUGGUAUUUCUGUUGGUGCUUCUGGUGCACGUUUUGGUUUACUGGGAAGCAUGCUUUCAGAGCUCAUAUCAAAUUGGACAAUGUAUGUAAAUAAGUUAGCAGCAUUGCUUACUCUCCUUUUCAUCAUCAUAAUAAACUUAGCAUUGGAAUUCUACCACACGUGGACAACUUUGCUCAUAUUGGAGGAUUUGUCUCUAGAUUUCUUCUUGGAUUUUUUGUUUUUCAUCCGCCCCUAGUUUAAAUGGCUUACCCAACGGAAUGCUCCCCCUAGACGUGUUACUACUCCAGUUAAAUCUAAACCCAAUACGUAUCAAUAUGUAUUGUGGGUCCUCUCUUUGAUACUAUUGAUUGUUGGGUAAGCUCCUCCUCGAUCUUUGAUUUAAUUUUUUGACUUCAUGAACCUAAUUGAUUCCCUGCAUGAGAAUCUGGUAGCCACAGUUGGCACGUGCACAUUUUUUUUUAUCAAAUCAGAG